UCGUGACUCGGGUAUUUCCCUUUUCGCUAGUCAGCCAUUACGGAAAAGAAAAUUCCGAACCCGGUCUGCCACAUUCAGUCAUUGGGGAUUUUGACACCUGCGGGAUUGUACUUUCAUAAUGACGGACAAGAUUGAAAAUGGCCAUGACCAAACUACAGAUGUGAGGCAUGUUCUUUCCGGGAUUGAUGAGUUGAAAGAGGUCAAUAUAAUGUCAAAAGAAAGUAAAGUAAAAGAGAUUGAAGCACUUGCAAAUAAUCCUGUUGUACAAUCUCUUGCAAAGGCUCAUAAAGCAAUGGCAGAAAAGAAGAUUUCACCAAUUCGUACAGAUUCAUUAGAUUUAUCUCAAAGAAUCAUGGAAUAUGUGAAUGAAUUGCCAGAAGAUGAAUUAUAUGAACAAUUGAAGAUACUUCUGACCAAACCACAUUUCACUAGUCUUUUGAAAUGUCAAGAUGACGUUGGCAUCAAGAACAAAACUAAUAUCGAACAACUUCAUGGAACAAAUACUGAUACAAAUGGAAAUCAUAAGUUUGAUGGACUAGAGAAGAAAACUAACAUUCCAAGAGCAAUAAGAAUGGUUGGAUUAUACAAGAAGUCUUGGGAACCAUUGGGUUUAACAGUUGCAAAGGAAGGAAAUGAAUUGAAAAUAGCAAGAAUAUUACAUGGAAGUGAAAUUGAAAAGAAAGGCCUUCUACAUGUCGAUGACAUCAUCAUGGAGGUGAACGGGAAUUCUCUUGGUGGCGAUCCGAAGAAAUUGCAGGAAUAUUUAUUAAAAACAUCAGGCCUCGUUGUCUUCAAAAUAUUACCAAGUUAUGAAGAAAAUUUACCUCCUAAACUGCUUUAUAUCAAAUGCCAUAUUAAUUAUGAUCCGAAAGAAGAUGAUCAAUCUCCAUGUGUUGAAGCCGGAUUAAGUUUUAAAAAAGGAGAUAUUCUUCAAGUUGUAGAUCAAAAAGAUUCAGACUGGUGGCAGGCUCAAAGGGUAAACAACAAGGGGGAAGCUCGUGGAAGAGCAGGUUUAAUUCCUAGUUUAUCAUUUGAAGAAAAAAAGAAGAGCACUGAAGGAAAUUAAAAAGAACACAUUAACAG